AUGACUGGUGCACGGGUCUACACGCCGGUCCGCGACGCGCUGGGCACCGUGAAGCUCGCGCGCCGGCUGCACCCCUUCACGCCCACUGCAGCGGCGCAGGUGGACCAGGGGUUCUGGGAGAACCUGCAGCUGAUGGAGCGCGAGCUGGAGGUGCUGCUGCCCGGCGCUGGUUCGUACGCCAACGAGGGCGACACGACCGAGGAAAACUGGAGGGAACGGUACUGGGGCGACAACUACAUGGAGCUGCACCGCACGAAGCGCAAGUACGACCCCACCGGCGUGCUCUCGUGCUACCAGUGCGUCGGCUCCGAGCUGGCCAGGCCAAGUUGCCGCUCCGUCGAGGACCAGGCCUCCGCGGCCGCGGCCGCGCAGCGGCGGCGGCUGUGAGGGGCGCUCCUUUUGCGCGGGGGGCGGCUGGUUGCUGGCUGGUCACCGACUGGCCAUUGGCUGGCCAUUGGGUGGUCGCUGGCUGCAUGGUCAGUGGCUGUCGAAGGAUGGGGUUGAGGCAGAACGGAGUAUGGGGAAUGUGUUCUAGGACAGGUUCGGGCCAUUGUUGGGCCUCCGGGUGGGCUUUGCCGCACGGGGAGCCGAUCAGGGUUGCGAAACCGUCCCUGGGCCAGGGAUGGAUCGCGCAGAGAAUUAGAAGGCACGGUGGGUGAUAUUCGUCUUGUCGCAGCGCUGUCUGCCGGCUGUGUCUUCCAGUUGUCGCGGGCGUGCGCGACGUCCCCAGGCUUCUGGCGACCCCUACGUCGGAGGCCUGGGUUGCUUGCCUUAGGAAUCGUUUUCAAUGGCGCGUACGCGCUCGGGCGCCGAUUUGGCAUUAGGCAAUUCGAUAAUUCACGCCUCGGCAUUCAGGCCGUCCCUGCGUGCUGCUCGGUCUCCCCGCCCAGAAUCCCGCGAGCUGCGGCCCAGCCUCGAGCGAUCACCAUCACCUGCCCGGGGGUGCACCGCAGCUGGGCUGCUUUCGGGGGCGGCCAGGCUCGGCGUGUGCUGGGCCCCCACGUGUGCGAGGCAGCCGGGCAGUUGGGCCACCGCCCUGCCGGACACCUCGCUCUCCCAUGAUGCCCCCCGCUCGGUCGUGCCCCGCUCUCCCCG